CCUGAAACCCUCUCACUGAGACUGAAUGGUUGUUGUACAGGGUCUAACAUAUGGAGGUAUUAAAAUAUAUGUCUUUUGCGCAAGCAAGUUCCUUGCACAACUCCGAGAGCAGCAACCCAGAAAAUUGAGGCGGAGUAGCUGCUAUGGAUUGAGGGAACUUUCCCACCUACGGACACAGAUUUGCAUUCAUGAGUUACGAUAUAUUAUGAAGCUGUAUGUAUGAUAUGUAUAGAAAACUCGGAUUUUUUUAAAAAAAUUUUACUAUGAUGUCUUUACAUUUUUAUCUCUGUGCGUUUUUUCUUUGCAGAAAGAACUUGAUCAAACUCCAAGUUGCUUACACGACAAAUAGUUAUGAGGUUCUCAAGCAGAAGUCCCAAUAUAAUACACAGGCACUCAUGGGUAAGUUGGUUUCAGUUAUUCUCACGAUUUUAUGAAAGAACAUUAACAUUUGAGUUCCUUGAUAAUCGUACCGGAACAUGCUGAGAAGUUAGUCCGGCUGUGGUUGUAGUUCACGAGCUUGAUAUAGUUACAGUUUUCUGUGGGACAUCUUUACAUGAGUUUGUUUCACUAGUGAAAAAAAAAAAGCAAGUAGUUUUACUCCCUAUCAUCAAUGAUGGUUUUUCGUCCAGCGAAGAUCAAGCUCCGACACCAAUCUCCGAUAUACGUCUAAUGGAAGUUUUCAAUUGAUUGUCGAGAAACCAACAUCAAAGGGAUCACAGCUACCAAUCAGGUAAAAAGUUAAAGUCGUCACUGACUAAUGAUAAAAAUAGACAACCUUCCUGAAGCGCGGGAAAAUAAUAGUUUCCAAGUUGGGAUUGGCUUUGGUUUGGCAUUUGAUUGGUUGAGAAGGUGGCGCAAGUUUUUUUUAGACCAAUCACUGAACCAAAACCAGAGCAAUCCAGGAUCGCGUUCGUUACUCAGUUGAAUACUACUCUAUUCCAAGGAGGUUUUAUUCUUAAGUUAUCUCCAGAACACCCCCGAUUUUUAUAUGUAAAUCUUUUUCUCAAAAUAGGCAAUGCUUUGUCGUGAAUCUUUCCGCCUUAGACAUCUGAUGUAGCCUCCAUUCCUUGUUAGUCGUAACAUUCAUGUAACACUGUGUCAGUGGUUGAAUUCAAGUUGCUUACUUCAUGGAGGUGAUCAGUUGAAGCAAACGCCAUUUACUCACAGUGAUCUGAACAUUUUUUGUAGGAGAAAUUGGGGGCAAUCUUGGAUUGUUUCUCGGCUGCAGUAUUCUCACCAUUAUUGAGUUUAUCGACUUCGCCAUAUACUUGUACCGCACUCGAAACAAGAAGAAAUCCUAACACUGAGGACCUCAGAAGCCUCUUUGAGCUCAAGCUUAUGUAUCGAAAUGGCGCCUAGAAAUUAAAAUCCUAAGUUACGCAGUAGACAGGAAGGGGCCUUCUCCAUGACACCUAUUAUCCGUUGUGAAAUAAUUCUGUCUAUGAACAACAAAUACUCUCUACACUUCAACUUAAACGCGUGAAUCUGAAGAAUCUGUAUAAUCCUUCGAACGAAUGUGCGGGCGUGCUGAAACACGAGGUAAACAACUGUAUUAGCCACACUAAGUAAGGCGCACGGAAAUUCGUCACCGCGACCUUCCUUUCAAAAAUUCUAGCUUCGCCUCAGAUGAGUGUAAUUUUUGACAAAAGUCUUUCAAUAAAAAAUCAGCCAAACAAGAUAAAGAGUGUUUAUCUUUUCUUUCUUCUGACAAGAGAAAUUUUGUGGCUGUAACCAAUCCCACUACCAACCAGCGCGAAUUAAGAGUAUAUUUUUUCAUAAUACAAACACGCAAACAUUUAAGAAUUUUUUCAUGCUUAGAGUGCGUAUAUCGAGUUAUGGAUGCACGCAGGAAGUUUGGAG